CAUCAUCAUUCCUCAAAUUUCAUCAUAGAUACCUCAGGCAGUCAACAAUUUUUCUUUCUGGAAGGCGACAUGGACACGAACCCUGGGCUGAUUGACAUCUCCGUGUUGAAUAGGGAACCAAAUACCAUGGUUCUCUCUCUCCGCAUUAGGUGCCUCCGGCACUUAUCCAGAGAUUGCUUGACGCGAAACAUCGGAGUAUCUAUGUGGUUAUCGUCAUGAUCCAUAGAUCGGUAAAACUGAAAAUUUGUGUGGUUGUUUAUCGGGCGGAUGGACAAGAUCUGUCUGUACUCGGAACACCUGCCACGGUAUAUCAGAGUACGGUCCUGCAUCUUGGUACUUGUGGAGGUCCCAAAGAUAAUACGUACUGUCAUGCUCGGUAUCCUGGGCAAUCCAAUCUCGUCCCAAUUAUUGCGCACAGAGGCUUGUACAGUACUUUAAAUCUCUCAUGGUCUUCCACUCCCCGCCAUAUCCUGUCAUAUCUCCUCUCUUCUCUAUCCGUGCAGACUACUCUGUGUACAAGUACAUACUCAAUACAGUACUCCAGACGGAGCGCUCUACAUACUCCACACAAUGCCAUGUUAACCGACCCGACAACCACUCAGCGUCGGCGGUAAUUGGCAGACGCGUGGACAGAUGGAGUACUACAAAUAAAGUCUGUGCGGUGGUCUGUGGCCAGCCACAUCUUUACCCUAACCAUCGCAUCGCAUCGUUAUCUAAACCCAGCAAGCACCAAGAGACCAAGAUACCAAGAAUCCCCCAAGAAAAAGAUUAACCCCACUU